CAACAUGUACACCCUUGGUUUCCGGAUGAAAACAUAGUUUGCAGUUUGCCCCAACACCAACAUCCACCCCAGACUGGCCAGAGCUCAGCAGCAUAAUUAAAUGUGUUUCUCCGCUUUGAGAUUUUCUGAUUCAUGCUGCAAGCUUGCUGUUCUCCGGGUUGCAAAUAGGGACACUGUCUUGGCGCAGAGCUUAUUUAUUGUUAUAUAAUUUGAUUGAAAUUUGCCAUGCAGUUUGCAAUAUCUUCCCAAGCCAGGUUUGCCAACCAAGAUAAUCCACAAGCACACUAUGAAGGCACUGGUCCAGAAAUCAUGAGACAGACGGCGGGGCAGAUCACGCAUUUUGUGAGCUCUAUGGGAACAACGGGAACAUCCAUGGGAUGCAGCCGCUACUUCAAGGAGGUGAAGCCAGAGGUUGAGAUAGUGGGGCUGCAGCCAGCUGAAGGUGCACAAAUUCCUGGCAUUCGUCGGUGGCCAAAGGAAUAUUUGCCAAGCAUUUUCGACGAGGCUCGGCUUGACCGCGUAGUCGACAUUUCACAAGAAGAAGCAGAUGAGACUGCCCGCCAGCUGGCCAUACAGGAAGGAAUCUUUGCUGGCAUGAGCAGUGGAGGUGCAGUGUCAGCAUCCUUGAAAAUUGCUGCUGAAGCACCGGGCAGAGUAGUUGUGUGCAUUGUGUGUGAUCGAGGCGACCGGUAUUUGAGUACUGGCGUUUUCGAUCCACCUCCUCCAGCUCACCACAGUUGCUACUACAAGAACCUGGAUUUGACAUUGAGUCAACAUCGGAAGGCAUUGCCAGAGGACAUGCCACUCUUCAUGCUGUUUACGGCUCCGUGGUGUCCAGAUUGUACCACAACACUUCCAAUUGUAAAUGAGAUCUUCACUGGUCAAGGUGCCGGUGCUAAUUUCUCCUUACUGAGAUGCAUUGUGGGCAAGACAAGGGAGGAAUGGAAAGACCCUCGUCAUCCCUUCAGGUCAGAUACGAGGUGGGGGCCCAAUGGGCUCUCUGAAAUUCCCACUUUGGCAUGUUUGGGCACUGCAUCCUCGCCUCUAGUCCAACCGAGGGUGCUUUCUGGGUUGGAGAAGAUUGACAGAGAGCAAGUCCGUUUUAAGGUCGAGUCAUUCCUGAAGGAACAAGGCUGAUGACACCCGGACUGCGAAAAACAGGCAAAGCCGAAGAAUCCUUCCAGCCUGACUGGAAAAGGAUGUCCAAUCCAAUUUCUCGGCGAACAG